AUGAAGGCGGUUUGCGGGUUCAACUUUGCCGGUACACGAAGCAAAGCCGCCGAUUUUGAUCCCCACAAGAGUUGGGCCGAGCUCUCCCCGCAUACGACGUGGGAUUCUGCUGGUAUGUCCAACGGGCUUAUCCAGGACCUGGCCACUGCCGUUGUGCACCGGUUCAUUUGCUACAAUAUCACCGGCAAGAAGGAAGCGAACAAAGUCAGUGAGGGUGAGCUUUUUCUCCUCUGGGCGAUGCGGUCGGGAGUGCGAGUGUGUUCCAUGACCUUCCUUCAGAACUCUUUCCAGGAGAUUGCCCUCUCCAAGCGUGGACUACCGGCGCUCGGACAUUUUGUUACCGCACUCGCUCACCACUUUGACGUCACUCCAGAAGCAUACAGACUACAUGGGGAGAUGGCGCUUCAAGACACGUCUGAGAUGCGGUGUAUCAACUUUAACGAGCUCAAGCAGGCUGACCUUAUUCUGAACUGGCGAACAGCUAAGGAGUAUACGAAACGUGCUGCCUACGAGACCUAUUUCAAAAAGCUCCAGCAGGAUGACAGAACAAUUGAAAAGUCAGAGCUAAGGAUGAGUGGUAUCUAG